AGCUGGCAACAGAUGGCGCUGGGUGUUGUGUUGUCACUCUUGGCAGUCAGUAGACCUGACGCGCUCACGUCAGCGAGUACUCCAAGGGUGUAGUUUUACGGCGUUUGUGUUUUAAGGAUUCAUUUAUUCAUUCUUCAAAUCGCUUGAGAAAGACCCAGCAUGAAUCUUGGGGUAUUGGCCGAGAUGUUCCAUGCACACACAGCCAGGUGUGGCAGGCUUGGCAACUCCCUGUUGCUUCUUAGAUACCGUUCAUCUACGGCAGUUCAGCCACAUUUGGAUGAAGCAGCACAAGAAAGAAGUGGGGCAGUAACAGGUCGACCAGCCCACGAGAUCCCAGGACCCAGAGUGUACCCUAUUAUCGGCACAUUACCAGGCAUGAUGCUGAACAAAUCCUUUGACAGUAGAGCCCUCCACAAAGUUUGGAUUGAUAUGGUAAAGCAGUAUGGACCGAUACUCAAACUACAACAACCAGGGAUAGAUGAUUUGGUGGGACUAACAAAUCCCGCUGACUGUGAAAUUGUGAUGCGUUCAACUAUAAACAACCCAGUGAGGAUAGGUUUUGAGUCCAUUAAGAAAAUUCGAGAUGAGACGAUAGACAACUACUUUGAGAAGAAGAGUGGUAUACUUGUUGAGAAUGGUGAAGAGUGGUGGCGUGUGCGCAGUAGAGUCCAGACACCUAUGAUGAAGCCCAAGAAUGUCACUUCCUAUCUUACGAAGAUGGAUGAAAUUGCUGUCGAGUUUAUGGACAGAAUUGCAGCCUUGCAGGAAGAGUUUGGAGAGAUGCCAACCAACUUUCAGUUUGAACUCUACAAGUGGGCUCUUGAAUCUGUGGGCCUUGUGGCAUUAAAUCGUCGACUAGGUUGUCUGGAUUCUAACAUUCUGCCGGAUUCAGAGCCUAUGAAGCUUAUCACUAUCGUCAAUAAUAUCUUUGAUCUUCUGAAUGACACUGAGAUGAAUCUUCCAUACUGGAAGAUUUUCCCAACAUCCUCCUUCAGGAAGCUGAGAAAAAAUCACCAAGAAUUCCUAGAACUUGCAGAUCGGAACAUCCAAGAAACAGAAGCAGCACUCAUGAAAGAGGAAGCUAGUGACACGAAAGAACUCUCACUGAUGGAAACCUUGCUUCUCGAUCCUGGUCUCUCCCGUAAAGAUGUCGUCACCCUUAUACUUGAUAUGCUCUUUGCAGGCAUUGACACGACUUCUCACACUAUUGGAUUCACACUAUACUUGCUGGCACGCAACCCAGAGGUACAAGUUCGACUGCAAAAGGAAGUAGAUAGUGUUAUUGGAGACCUUCAGGGUCCUCUCACUUCUACACACCUAGCCCAGCUCUCCUACCUCAAAGCUGUUGUUAAGGAGUCUCUUAGAAUUUUCCCUUUGACAAUUGGAACUGUCAGGACACUGAAUAGAGAUACUGUUCUCAGUGGAUAUGUUGUUCCCAAGGGGUGGAUGGGAAUCUGCCUAAAUAUGUUGAUGGGAUGGGAUGAGUCACUUUUCCCUCGUGCCAAAGAGUUUAUCCCAGAAAGAUGGUUACGCCACAAGCCUCUGGGACCCAUCCACCCUUAUGCGUCACUUCCAUUUGGAACUGGAACUAGAAUGUGUAUAGGGCGACGCAUAGCAGAACAGGAGCUAUACAUCUUCUUAGCCAGGGUAAUGCAUCGCUUCAGUGUCGACUACAAGUAUGAGGACAUGGACCUUGUGACCAAGCUUGUGUACAUGCCAUCCGAACCACUAAAGUUUUCCUUUACUGAGCGACGGUGAAGAUGCUUUUCUUAUAUCCCUCAAGACUGCACCGAUAUGUUGAACUAAGCUAUGCUGACAUUCCUCUUGAAUGUACUAUAGAGAAUACACAUAUAGAAGUCUCUAAAGAUUAUUAGAAUAUUCCAUAAGUUGUUUUUUUUAAUCUAAUGUACCAUGCCAUGAUUUUGGGGUAUGAUUUCAUUUUUUUGUUCUCCAAACAGGGGUUUUUCACCAAAACACCAGUAUUGUUUGAGAUAUAAGAAAUCGAUGUUCCUAUUAAGCUAAUAUUGCCACAGUGAAGCCAUUUUGUACAUACUGUACAAUGCCCAGAGGGGGGAAGAGGGGGGGGGGUAGAAGAGGGGGUGGCUGAGGCGACCCCCACCAGCUCCCCCCUCACAAAGUGAAACUUCUGAAGGAACUAAUUGUGUAUCUCGGAAUACCACGUGUAUCUGCAGAAUAGAGCUACAGUAUUAGCUCUUGGACCCUGCCUUUCUAACCAAUAUUUGUCGUCUAUUACAUAUAUUUCUCUUACGCACGCACACACACACGAGAGGCGGGACCAAAGAGCCAAAGCUCAACGCCUGCAAGCACAAAUAGGUGAGUACACACACACACCAAGGGAGCAGCAGCCUGUAGCAGCUGUCUAACUCCCAGGUACCUAUUUACCUGCUAGGUGAACAGGGGCAUCAGGGUGACAAACUCUGCUCAUUUCAUUCCGCCAGGCAUAGAACCCAGGCCCUUAGAACUACGACCCCCAGAGUGCUGUCCACUCAGACACGUGCAUAUGUAUAUUUGUGUAAAAGUAGUCAAUUAUAUUUCACUUUUGUAAAUGCACAAUCACAUUCUGUGGUCAAGUACGCAAUAAACUAUCUAUACUAUACGUAAGACUGUACAUUAAACCCUGAUUAUGCAGGACAGAUGCAAAAUAUAUGUAUUGUGUGUAUACUGGUUACCAUUGUUAGAGCACUAUCACCACCUGUGGUCGAGUGCUCAAAUAACUAAUCACAUUAUAUGGUGUCUAACAGAUCUUUAACCAUCCCCCCAUGGAUGACAGAAGACAAUGUACACAUGCUGAUUAGCAUUUGUAAAUGUGUGGGCUACAUCUGUGGAAGAAAAACUUAAACUGCUCCCAACAGUGACUACCAGUAGUAGUACACAUGCUUCCAACAGUGACUACCAGUAGUACAUAAAAUGCCCCUAACAGUGACUACACAUUGUUCAGAACAGCAGCAAGCAUUGCUGUCUUCUCUAUCAAUAAUACCAUUGGUUAAUAUGGUUUACUCUCAACAGCAGCAAUACUGUACUAAUGAAUAUUAACUUCAUUUAAAGUAAUAGUAUAACUUGUAAACAUUAACACUAUAAAUCAGUACUCUGCAACAUCAGCCGAAAAAACACCUCUGCUUAGUCCGAGUAUUCAGUCCAAGUACAAAUUCAAAACUUAAGCUUUUCAUUCAGCUAAUUGCUAACCUGAACUUCUAAAUACUCUAAAAUUAAACCUAAAACAUUGAUGGAAUUUGUAACAUUUUGCUAUCGUACAACACGGUUGUAUCCAUACCUUUCCAAAAUCAUUUUGUCCUUUAACAAAUUACUGUAGUUUCUAAUGUCUAUCUUGCAACACAUGCUGAGGAGACUGGACACCACAAGCAUAGCUUUCAUCCAUUAACUACACUUAGGUAAUUACACAUACCAAAUGGUAUUUACUGGGAAUGCUAUAAUUCAAGUGCAGUUUUGCUGCAGCAAUGCUCAGAUAUAAAGCUAGAAAUAAACUUUCCAUACAUAUAGCAAGUAAUUUCUACAGGGGUUGAAAGUUAGUAGAAAAUUCACUUGCCAAGUAGCAUGUACGAAACCAAGCUCUCCCUCCCUCGAAUUCUGUCAUAUUGCUCUUGUAUAGUAAGUGUACUGAACUGGCCUUCAUGAAACUUUAAAAAGACUGCUUCACAAACUUCAGUUUUACAAAUGAUCAAAAUUGCCAAUUUGUAUACAGUAUGUAAAACUAUUUUCAAUGCAAGAAUUUCUACAUUUUUAGUAUGCCGUCUCAUGCUAAAAAUAGUCCAAAAACUUCCAUAAACUGUCCAAAACUGUAAAAUACAGUACAUGCAAACAUUAUGUAAUAUACCCUUUAUAUUUUUCUUUGAAAUUAUAUACCACACAGCAUAUUGAAGUCUAGAGCACUAACAGGAUACAAAUUUGGGUCUAGACACGUCCCACUUAUGCAUGUUAAUGUUACACUCGCCACUGUGACCAACUGGCUACCGUGUAGAACUCUUGCCCGAGGCUGUUUUUAGCCUCAUAAGCACCCUAAAUUUCAAUUCAUAAUUUAACAUUUAUUGUAAUGCUUCUAGUUACUGUACUGUACUUUUGUGGAAAUGUAUAUAUAUGUUAAUAAAAUUCAUUUUAAUAUUU